AUGGCAGGCCCAGACAAGAAAAAGUCCAAGGCCGGCAAGCCUAAAGGCGAAGCCGGUCCAGCGAUCACGGAUCCUCGUUUUGCGAACAUCCAGACCGAUCCUCGCUACCGUCUUCCUAGCAAACGCCAGACUCAUGUCAAACUCGAUAAGCGCUUUGCGCAUGUGCUAGACGAUAAGGAUUUCUCCAGCAACGCUCCUGUCGAUCGCUAUGGACGAAAGCUCAGAAAAGAUGACACCAAAGAAAAACUGAAGCAGUUUUACCAGGUGGAGGAUGACGAGGACGAAGAUGAGGAUGAGGACAGCGCCGACGACGACGAAGAAGUCCAGAAAGAAUUGAAACGGGUCAACGCUGCCUCAUAUGAUCCUGCCCGGGAUGGCGGCUUCGAGUCCUCGUCAUCCGAAGAAGAAAGCUCCAGCGAAGAAGAAGACGAGGCGGAGGAGGAUGAAAUCGAGUUUCCGGAUCAGCAGCGGUCCGAAGUGCCACUCGGCGAAGUGACGAAUCGGAUAGCUGUGGUCAACCUCGAUUGGGAAAAUAUUCGCGCCGAGGACUUGAUGGCAGUAUUCUCCAGUUUCCUUCCGUCUGGAGGGCGGGUGUUGAAUGCUACGGUCUACCCCAGCGAAUUUGGAAAGGAGCGCAUGGAGAGGGAGGAAAACACCAGCGACGAUUCCGAUGAGGAGGAACUUGACUCUGACGAAGAGGAGGAGGAAAUUAAGAAGUCUAUGCUGAAGGGUGACGACGGUGAAGAAUUCAACUCUACACAGCUACGGCGGUACCAGCUCGACCGACUGCGGUAUUACUACGCCAUUAUCAAAUUUUCAUCAAAAGACGUUGCAAAGCAUGUCUACGACCUGGUGGAUGGUGCCGAAUACCUCUCCAGUGCCAACUUCUUCGAUCUCCGCUUCGUGCCUGAGGACACUGACUUCUCCGAUGACAAGGCUCGGGACGAGUGUUCUCGGAUUCCCGACGGUUACAAGCCUACUGAAUUCGUAACGGAUGCUUUGCAACACAGUAAGGUCAAAUUGACAUGGGACGCGGACGACAAAACAAGAAAAGAAGCUCAGGCACGUGCCUUCCGGGGUUCACGCCAGGAUAUUGACGAGAACGACCUAAAAGCCUACCUCGGUAGCGAUAGUUCCGACAACGAAGAUUCAGAUGACGAGGACGGAGGCGUCGAAGUUGUCGAUAAUACCGCAGGAGAAGCUUCGACCACAAAACUAUCCAAGAAAGAGGUCGAGAGACAGCGCAUGCGUGCGUUGCUAGGUCUGAGCGCCGAGCCUACCCGCACCAAGCCGGAACGCCCCGUCGGCGAGAUGGAGGUUACUUUCACAUCGGGCUUGGCUGGCGGCCAUGGCAAGGAUACCAUCUUCGAAAAUGAACCGGAGAUCGAAGAGAGCACUCUUGACAAGUAUGUGCGGAAGGAGCGUGAGCGCAAAAAGCGCCGAAAGGAGAAACUCAAGGCCCCCAAGGCAUCUUCAGGGGAUGACGCCGCAGCGGACAGUGAAGACAACGAAGCUGCUCCAGCCGAGCCAGCCGAGGCGCCACAGCAAGAGGAAGAAGAGAUGGGAUUCAAUGAUCCCUUCUUUGAUGACCCUACUGGAAAGCCUACAGCAGGUUCUCGACGCAAGGAGGAGAGGCGCAAGAAGCGUGAGGAACGUGCCGCCGAGGAAGCCGCGUCAGCUGCUCAACGGGCUGAGUUGGAGCUACUGAUGGUAGAUGACGAAAAGGUCAACAUCAAGCACUUCGAUAUGACCGAGAUUGAAAAGGCUGAGAAACAGGCCCGGAAGAAGGGCAAGGGCAAGAAGGGCAAGAAGGUGGAACCUGCCCAGGUAGAUGACUUUGAAGUCAACGUCAGCGACCCCCGUUUCUCACGUCUGUACGACACUCAUGAUUUCGCCAUUGAUCCUACCAACCCCCGGUUCAAGUCGACUUCCGGCAUGAAGGCCCUCUUGGACGAGGGCCGUAAGCGCCGACGUACCGGUGAUGACGCGGAGGCUGAGGCUCCGACAGAGAGCCGGGAUAGCCAGAAAAAGCAGAAGAAGUCCUCCAAGGAGUCUAGUUCUGAAGAGCUGAAGCGAUUGGUGGCAAAAGUCAAGCGUUCUCACUAA